AAGAGCCAGAAGCUUCAAUGUUGGAUGCCGUGCUAUGACAACGUCACUGCUCCUCCGUCCUCGCUGGGUCGACCCGUCGGUGAUGUUCCUCUACGACAACGGCGGCGGUUCCGAUGAAGUGAGCAAGAACAUGGAGGGUUUUGCUGGUGGCAACUUUGCUGCGAACCAGUGCAGGAAUCUGAUGGCGCACCCCGCGUCCUUGGCACCCAGUACGGCUUACCCUUCCAGCGACGUGCCCCCCUCCGGUAUGGGCGAUCCAGUGAAACAGUGCAGCCCCUGCUCUGCAGCUCAGAAUUCCUCCAGCGCGUCUCUGCCAUAUGGGUACUUCGGUUACCCGUGCAGAAUGUCGCAUCACAGCAGCAUAAAGUCGUGCGGAGCGCAGCCUCCCUCCGCGUAUCCAGAUAAAUACAUGGACACGUCUGCCUCGGGCGACGAUUUCACCUCUCGGGCAAAGGAAUUUGCUUUUUAUCCAACUUACCCGUCGGGCCCAUACCAACCUGUCCCCAGCUACCUGGACGUUCCUGUGGUGCCAACUAUCAGUGCGCCUUCAGAGGCUCGACAUGAGUCCCUGCUGCCUAUGGAGAGCUACCAACCGUGGACUCUCGCACCCAACGGCUGGAACAGCCAGGUUUACUGCGCCAAGGAGCAGCCUCAGCCGGGACACAUGUGGAAGCCCUCCAUACCAGACGCAGUGUCUCACGCAGGAGGAGACUCUGGCUCUUAUCGACGUGGAAGAAAGAAACGCGUGCCAUACACCAAGGUGCAACUGAAGGAACUCGAGCGCGAGUAUGCCGCCAAUAAAUUUAUCACGAAGGACAAAAGGAGGAGAAUAUCUGCUCAGACCAACCUGUCCGAGAGGCAGGUCACGAUAUGGUUUCAGAACAGACGCGUAAAGGAGAAGAAAAUUGUCAACAAAUUGAAAACUAUCAGUUAGUUGUGUUUUUUUGUUUUUUUUGUUUUUUAUAUUAUGGACAAAAUCAAUGGGAGAUAAACUACUACACACACACAUAGACACAUACACACGCGCGCGCGUUUGGACACAUGGAUUGGAACUCCUUCCUGACUGAUUCAUAUGUAUGUAGGCAAAUGAUUUCCCGGAGCUUCUGGAACAAACUUUCCGGGCCCUGUGAACGCCGGAACCCCCUUUUUUCCUGCCACUUGUUGUUAAAUAUUGUUUUGGGGGCCUCAAGUGGGAGAAAAGAAUAUAUAUAUAUAUCUCAGCAGCAGUAUGUGUGACUUUUUUUUUUCUCCUACUCUUGGCAUGCUCACUCUCAAAGCAGGAAAACUGACCCCAGUUCAGAGAGCUGUGCGCCACCGAGCUACACCUUUAUCUCCAAGUUUAACGAGAGUGAUAAAUGGAAGAUUCGCAGGACGUGACCGUGUUAUGGAUUUGGACCUUGGGAAUGUUAAAUAUUAAUCACUCACGGCUUUCCUUUUAAAGCCUACUCACAUGCUUAGCUUGUAUGAAGUUUAGUCUUUAUCAUAUGAGUCCGUGCUCUCAUUCAUAUCCAAUCCACGGUGCAAUUUCUUAUUAUGAUGCUUAGAUAAUCGUCCGGGAUAUGUGUUCAUAUCAAUCAUAGCUUUUAUAAUGUGUGCGUAUUCAUGUGGUUGUAUAUAAGUAUAUAAGUAAAUUCCGGCAUGAUAUCCAGGUUGUGUGUGUGAGUCCAGUAUGUCGGUGUUUAAAGUCCGUCCCAAUAAAAAUAUGGACUUGGUUGAAUUUUA